AAUCAAAGGUUAUAAAGUAGAUUGCAAGAGAAGAAUAAUGACGACGAAGAUAUUUGAAAUUAUUAUAGUAAUUUUUACUAUAGUUUUCUAUAAUAUCAACAGUACACUGUGCGUUUGUUUGGAUAAAAACCGUUUUGAAAUGAUUGGCACGAACUAUACGGAAAUAAAUAUUGAGUGGUUGUCCAAUUGCAGUAGCGCUAAAGAUGUCAACAUGUCUGACAACAUGUUUAAGGAAAUACAAACAGCUUCAUUCAUCAACAGCAGUUUUAGGUUUAAAAUGCUUGAUUUGAGUAAUAACAAAAUUAAUUUGAUAGAAACGGACGCUCUUGGUAGUUUACAAUGUCUGAAACAUCUAUAUCUUCAUCAUAACGAACUUGUUGAGAUUCCGCAAGACUUUUUCAAAAACAAGACAGACCUUAUCACUGUAGACCUUUCUUACAACAAGAUCAAAAACAUUCCUCUUACAGUGUUUAGUAAUUUUUGUAUGCCAAGUUUAGAUACAGUGUUACUUCAACAUAAUCAGCUUACAGCAUUCGAACCAUGGGCCUAUGUAGGACAUCCAAUACGCUUGGUGGAUGCAUCGUUUAACAAAAUUUCAACAUUUACCAAUGACCAUAACUGGACAUAUACACGGAGAAACGUGAGGGAUGAGGCAACUACAGACUUGAGGUACAAUUCAAUUACGGAAUGGCACGACUGGUAUGUCAUGCAGUAUAAAAACCAGUCUGAAGACAGAAAUGACGAUGUUAAAACUGUUGUAAUAGAGCUGCUAUUAGACAUUCGUGAAAACAACUUAACUUGUGACUGUAACUUCUACAACAUAUAUAGAAAGGUCCGAACAUCGAUCGAGCAAGGGUCAAGAUACGAUUACCUUCAAUUAGUUUGUCAUGAUCCUCCAAAAUUACGAGGAAAACUACUUUUCUAUGAGGUAUUUUUUAGAGAACUUGUUUGCAACAUAACAGAUGACUGUCCAGUAGGAUGCCUGUGUGAGGAUCGACCAGCCGAGGACAUUUUAAAUGUCGAUUGUAGUGGUUUGAAUUUGACAAGCAUGCCGUCUUCUGUUCCACGAAGUCCUUAUAAUAACAUUGCACUUCAGUUAGAUAAUAACAAAAUUUCACAUAUAAAUGAUGCAGACUAUUUGAAAUACGUUUCAAAACUGUCAAUGCCCAACAACUUUGUCACCAGUUUACCAGAUUCUGUCAUGAAUAAAAUAGCAAAUAAUAAGGACGCAUUUGUUGACUUUCGGAACAAUUUUCUGAGGGCUAUUCCUGAAUCAACAGAGAAAAUAAAGUUUCAAAAUGCUCUCUUCACAGGAAAUAAUUUGGAAUGUUCGUGUAAUAUGAUUUGGAUGGUUGACUGGAUUAGAGCAGCGCCGAGUUACAUCGAUAAAAGGGCUUUGAGCUGUACAUUCGAAGGGGAUGUUUUGAAAAUACUUGAUCUUGAUGAAAGUGUUUUGAACUGCCCACAAGCAAGCGUCGCUCUUAUUGUUAUAUUGUCAUUCGUUUUAGGAAUUGUUGUUGCAGUGAUUAUAACAGCUAAAAGAUGCCCAUACGAAACUAAAGUGCUUAUAUUCAAAUUUUUUAACAUCCAUGCGUUUGAUAAAUACAAAGUCGACGAGUACGCUGAUAAAUGUUACCACAUGUAUGUUUCUUUUGAUGACAAUGAUCUUUAUGUCAGACAAUGGGUAAUGAAAGUGUUGCUGAAGCAACUCGAACGUAAAAAGCCGAAUUAUAAACUGAGUAUAUAUGCGAGAAAUGCUCCUACCGGUCCUGAAACUGAAGCCAGAUUCCAAUUGAUUGAUGACAGUAAGCGCAUACUAUUCAUCUUGAGCGCAGGGUACGAAAACCAUAAAUGGUUUGACUAUGAAAUAAGUCAUUCCGAAACCUUGGAACAUAAUUGUGGACGAAUUAUCUAUCUCUUGUAUGAUGAAGAUAUGAGAAUGAAUGCCAUGAAGGAGCCGUGGCUAUCAAAAAUGAAGGAAAGAAAGGUAUUCAAAAUGACUGAUAGAUUAUUGUGGGCCAAACUGCGGUAUGAGCUACCAAGAAAAUAAAAAAGAACACCAAAUUAAGAGAUAUUGCAACAUUUAUUGUUAUUAUUUGUACUUUCAUACGAUAUUUCCUUAAAAAAUGUGUACAUGUUUCUGUUUAUCUAAUAUUUUAUUUUACUAUCUAACAUUUUAGUUAAAACUUUUAAUGUUCUAUUUCUGCUUGAAUAUAAUUGGAAUAAAAUCUUAAUCUACAUUAACCUUUUAUCACUAACGAAAAUAAAAAAGAGUGAAACCUUUAAUAUUUGUGUCGUUUAUAAGAAAAUAAGUCAUUAGAAUUUCAUGUCCAUUGAUACUGAAGACAUAUUGAAAAUUUCAAGACAAACAUCUAUUACUGGUUUCAAAU